GGGACACUCCUCAGGAUGUCGUACCCGCCCCGCAGGUUCAUGUGACGGCCUCCAGCCUUAAUGAGCUCACGUUUCGUCCGCCACUUUGGCAUGGCGGGCGGGUCUAAAGACUACAACACCCAUGAGCCUCGCGGCGCGAAUCGGAACGUGGGGAAUUCAAAGCUGCUCGUCGAUGCAGGCGCUGAAGCUCCUACGAGGAGUCGCCUGACGGAUUCUGUGGGAAACAUUGAUGGGACUUUUACUUUAGGAGCCGGGGAAGCUAGAAAUACACCCCCCCCCCUCUCUCUCUCUCUCUUCGCCGCGCGGUGGCGCACUGUUUGUCCCCGGUGUCGCAGGCGUGGGCUAAUAAUAACGACAAAAACGCCACCAUGUCGGUGCUGUCUCUGGCCGUACUCCUGUUUUUCAGAGGCGCUACCUUUUCUGCAGCAGGCAACUGUGAAGUGUGUGUGAGCUUCUUCCACAGACUGUACGGCAGUCUGACCUCAGCCCACGCCGAGCUCACGCCGGCCCUGGUGGAGGAGCAGCUGGUCCAGGCCUGCGCUGUGGCCCAGGGGAAGGAGGCGAGGCUGUGUUACUACCUCGGAGCCAGUAGUGACGCAGCAACGCGUGUCACAGCAUCGGUGUCCCGACCCCUGGCCUCCCACGUCCCCGUCGAGAAGAUCUGCCAGCGCCUCAGUAGCAGAGACACACAGAUCUGUCAGCUUAGAUAUGAGCCUCGGCUGAAGGACCUGAGCAGCGAUGGGCUAAAAAAGCUGAGAGUGGUGGAGCUGAGGAACAUUUUAGCCUCAUGGGGGGAAGAGUGUCGAGGCUGCCUGGAGAAGCACGAGUUUGUCAGCCUCAUCCAGGAGAAAGCACCGCUGCAUGCUCACAGUAGGGAACUGUGAAGAGGAGUCAGUGCCUCCUCAGCAAAAAGCCAAUACACCUGUGUAGGAACCUACGCAGACUUUACCUAAUUUAUUUCAAUACAAAACUGCCGGCCUUUUGAUUUUUCUGAGUGUGGUGCUGACGGUCACUACACUGCACCGUUUCGUACUGCAAUGCACAACAGUCACGAAGGAGCUGAUACGGGUUCAACACCGGACGGAGGUUUUUCCAAGCUGCUAACAGAUACAUUUAUUUUA